CCGAAGAAGCAAUGCUUCAAAGUACCAGUAAACGGCAGCAGGAUCGAGCUCUAGACAAUGGCCGAGUGCCGUUUGCUCCUUCGCUCGAGGAGAACACCGGUUCAACGCAGCUCCGAAGGUCUCGAGUUCGGGAAGUUGCUUCCAGGUACAAACUUGCUCCUAGGAAAACUUCCUUGUCACCGGUUGGAACUUCAUCGAUUGAUCUCGGCAGCCUGUCUUCUCCAUCGUCAUCUUCAAGCCAGCGAAGAGCUUCCUCUCGGCCGGACGGUCUGUGGCCUUCGCUCAACAAAGAAGAGAGCAGCAAGGUCGACGAGAAAGCUGUGCGAAGUAGCAGGAAAAAUCUGGAGCAAGCCGAGAAUGAGAAGCCUCGGGAUAACCUCUUCGAGCAAUCCACGACGUCAACGAAAGCGGUAUUUGCUUGUAACAAGCCGGGGGCAAUACCGAUCUGCAAGAGCGUCAACUUAUCUUCGACCAAAACUAAAACUUCUUCCCGAAAGUCGCCCGCACCAUCUUCUUCUCGAACUCAUGCGCCAGCAGCAACCAAAGCAUACUCCAAUCCCAAAUGCAUGUCCCUGUCCGUCAAUGGAAGCCUUGGAUCACCUCAAUAUGUGGUACAGAGAUGGUCGGAGUCAGGAGGGAACUUCACGACGAAGAAGAAACCUUCACACAGGAAACUCCUGAGCUCCACCAUCACUGGAAACGAAGUCGACGAAAAUCUACACCACCACGAACCAGCUGCUUCUGAUUCUACGCCGCUGACAAAAACAACACCGAGCUGUGAAGAGUUCCCUGUUCGUCCACGAUCUCCAUUUCGAACUCCAUCUCCAGGGAAGUUUCCAUCUCCAUCAAGAACACUGCCAAGCCCACCAAGCUCGAGACCAUCUUCCUCUCACGGAAGCCCCGUAAAACGAGCAGCCGCAGAGCAAGACGAGGCUCAACUUCUCAAAGUUCUUCACAACCGCCACCUUCAGUGGCGAUUUGUUAAUGCUCGCGCUCACGCUGCUCUCAGCUCCCAGGAAGCAGCCGCUAAGGUACGACCUCUGCGUUCGACUUGUGCUAAAUCCUUUAUAGUACAGAGAUUGCUGUUCAAUGCCUGGGCUCGUAUCUGUGACCUUCGUACCGUCGUUGCGAUGGAUCAGAUAAAGUUGGACAAAGCCACAGAGAGCCUUAAGCUUGCGUCAGUCCUUGAAUCCCAUGAGAAAGGCCUUGAAGAAUGGUCCCGGCUGGAAGACAAGCUCUCGACUACACUGGAUGAAAUGGUUGGAGCGUUAAAUGCCGAUGUGCUGCGAGUUCCUCUGUGUCGGGGUGCAAAGGGUGAUGCUCUAAUAAUUUACGGAGCACUUCAGCACGCAAGCCUUAUCUUGGAAUCCGUCGAAGCAUCCACUUAUCACUUGCUUCCAAAGGCUCAAGAGCAAAGCCUUUUAGCACAGGACCUCGCACAGACCGUAGAACUCGAGAAAGCAUCUGUCCGGGAGUGUAAGCAACUUCUUGAGAGAAUCGCGUCUUUGGAGGUGUGCUGCUUUUACUUGAUAGCUUCUUGUUGGUCAUCCUCGUUUAUAGAUCGAGGAGCGAAGUUUGCGAGCGCACGGGAUCCAGCUUCAGCAGCGAAGUCCGUAGCUCCGACUGUUUGACAACUCUUUUUGUCACAGCCAUACA